CAAAUUUACUCUCCGUCAUUUUUGACAUAAACACACGUUGUCUGUGAGCUUUAUUUGUUCUUUUUUACUCAAAAUAUGCAGAAACUAGUUGCACGAGUUGGUACUUUCAAGCAACCUUAUUCACGCUUAUUUUACACAAGCUCUGUUCUCUUCAAAAGUGAGCCCAUUCGUUCACAUCCUAAUCUGUAUGCACACACAAUAAAUUCAGAGAAUAAAACUCAAAAAUAUGCUAUUUCAUAUGUAUCAGAUGAUGACUUGGGUCAACGUUCAAUAGAAGACUACCCAGAAUUGAUCAUUGGCUGGUCUUCUUCAACUGAUACAUUGAACACAAGGACAUUUGUUGAAAAUGGAAAAUUUGCAGAUUUUUUAACAAAGACGCUCAAAGAAAAUAUUCAUAAAGUAAACGAUACCAACUUGAAGGCAAUGGCAGAUUGGCAAAAAGAAGGUUGGAUGCACAUUGGUGAUGAACGUGAUCCACCUGCUUGGGGACGUAUUAAUUUUCCUGAAGAUAUCGUUGGUAGUGUUCAGUUAGUGAAUGGCGUUAUACAAGAAGGAACAUAUCAACCUAUGCCUGCUCAUCGUUUGAUCUCUGGAAAAGGUAUCUUUCAGCUAUCAGAGCCAUUGACUCAAUGUGUUAUUCGUGCUGCAAAGGCCAAAGUCUCUCAAUAAAUAUUCCUUUUUUGUAAUUGAUCAAAAUUAAGUCUCAGGACGAAAACGAGUAACAACUCGUGGCUUUUCCUAUGUUUGCUGUCCUCUAAACAAGGGCUACUCUUUG